UGGAGAAGCGCCCAAAGAACGGUAAAUGUGCAAAGGGGCAAAAGCUAUCCAGACAUAGGGAUCGCAGCGGUACCGAAAAUCAUCAUAAAAAGAUGAAUAGGCUGUUCAACGAUUUCUAUGAUAUCCUGGAAAACUCUCCUCUACCGGAAGAUGCCUUCGAAACCAGCUCGCAGAUCGAUGGACAGAUCCGCAAUGUCCACAUGACCAACCUGAGCGUGUGCAUCAAGCAGCAGCGCCUGGACGCCGUAUUCAAAAAGACACCACCUGUUAAGCUAGAAUGGAUGGAGUUCCAGGACAACACGAUAAAGUCCCAGUCCAAAGACGGCUUUGAGGAUCGCAUGGAACAGACCACUCCCUGUCCGCACACGGCUUCGCUGACGCCAUCCGACAUGAAAAUUCAGUCCUUCAACAAGCCCAUUAAGGAAGCUCAGCACCAAAUGGUACAGAUAAGGGAUGAACAUCAAAAUCUCUAUGACUCGGAGGCAUAUCCGAAACAGACUUCAAUGGAGCCAUUUGAGAUGCGACGCUACUGCUUCAACCAGUCUGUGGGUGAAGAUGAAGAUCUGCAGCUUAUGGAGAAUACCAGAGGCAAAGGUAUUCAUUUUUCUGAUCCGGGGCUAUCUUCACCCCUGUCACAAGUAGAAUCAUCCAGCAUGGAAUAUGGCACUUCCAAACAAACUACUAGCGAAGCUCAGCAUAAUAUGGAAAAGACUAUAAAUGAAUCUCAACAGCUGUACGACCAAAGACCAUCUCCUCCACCAACUUCACUAAAGCCAUCCGGGAUCAAAAGUUACUCUUUUAACCAGUCUAUAGACAAAGAUCAGCACACCAUGGAGGAAAACAUGCGUGAGCGAAUUCAAUUUUUUGAUCCGAGGUUAUCCUCGCCUUCGUCAUAUGUAGACCCACGUAACAUGGAAUAUCGACCUUUCAACCAGCCUAUGGGCGGAGAUCAGCACCCCAUGGAUGAUCCCGUACAUGAAGAUUCAUCCAGCAUGCAAUAUCGCGCUAACAGACCGUCUAUGGGCGGAGAUGGAGAUCAGCACCUUAAAGGGGGUACCAAUGGUGAAAGAAUUAAAUUUUUUUAUCCGGGAGUAUCUUCGCCUUCGUCACAUGAAGGCUCAUGCAACAUAGAAUAUAAAUCUUUCAAUCAGUUUAUUGGCGGUUCUCAGCCUCACAUGGAGCAGACUAUGAAUAAACCUCAAAAUAUUUACAACCAGGGACCAUCUCCGCCACAGACUUCACUGGUUCCAUCCGGAAUGAGACGUAACUCCUUAUACCAGUCUAUAGGUGGAGAUCAGAACCUCAAGGAGGAUACCUUAGAGGAACAAUCUCAACGUUUUGACCCAGGGCUAUCUUUGACUUUGUCGAAUGUAGGCCCAUGCAACAUGGAAUCUCGAGCUCUUAACCAGCUUAUGGGCGGCGUUCAACCCCGAAUGGAACAUCAAGGGCCAUCUCCGCCACCGAAUUCACUGGAUCCAUCAGGGAUAAGACAUUACUCCUAUAACCAGUCUAUAGACGAAGGUAUUCCAUUAUUCCAUCCGGAGCUAUCUUCGCCUUCGUCACAUGCAGAGUCAUCCAGAAUGGAAUAUCGCGCUUUCAACCAGUCUAUGGAUGGAGGUCAGCAUCAGAUGGAACAGACUAUGGAUGAACCUCAUGCAUAUCCAACCACGACUUCACUGGAGCCAUCCGAGAUGAGACGUCACUCAUUCAACCAGUCUAUGGGUGAAGAUGAAGAUCUGCAGCUCAUAGAAAAUACCAGAGGUGAAGGUAUUCAAUAUUCUGAUCCGGGGCUAUCUUCGCCUUCGUCACAAGUAGAAUCAUCCGGCAUGGAAUAUCGCACUUCCAAUCAGACUAUGGACGGAGCUCACCAUUACAUGGAACAGACUAUGGAUGAACCUAAACUUCUCCACGACCAAAUACCAUCUUCGAACCCGAAUUCACUGGAUCCAUCAGGGAUGAGACGUCAUUCCAUCAAACAUUCUUUAGGUGGUGAUCAGCACCUCAAUGAGGAUACCAUAGCGGAACAAUCUCAACUUUUUCAUCUAGGGCAAUCUUUGUCUUCGUCACAUGUAGACCCUUGCAACAUCGAACAUAGAGCUUUCAAGCUGUCUACAGGCGGUGAUCAGCACCCCAUAGAGAAUACCAGGGCUGAAGGUAUUAAAUUUUUUGAUCCUAAGCUAUCGACGUUGUCUCCGCCAUCCCCACCGGCGGGACUAUCUAGCAUGAGGCAUCAAUUCGACAAAACGACUAAGGAUGCACCUCAAAUUUACGAUUCAAGGCUACCCGCCAUGCGAGCGUGUUUUAUCGAGAAGCCCAUACGGGGGCCUCAAAAUGACAUGCAACAGAAAUUACGUGAAAUUCCGAAAAUUUUUGGAACGACCAAUGUUGGAGACCAGCAAUUGUUCGAUACAAAGGGUCCAUCUGGUAUAGAAAAGUUCUCUUUUAAUCAGUCUAUGGGUGGCCCUCAGCACAUCAAGCAAAAGAUUAUAGGUGCAAUUCAGCAAGACGGCAAAAAUACCAAGGGUGGAUCUCAGAAAUUCCAGGGUCCGGGACCAUCCGGCUUGGGAGUGCAUUUACAAGAUUCUAAGGGACGCGCUACCGGCGAGUCCAUGGGCGGCCCUCAGAAUAUAAUGCAAAAGACAAUAGGUAAGCCGCCUAAUUACCACGAAAAAACCAAUGGUGCACCUCGGAAAUUCAAAGGUCCAAGACAAUCUGGAUUAGGGCAGCGCUCUUUGAACCAGUCUAUAAACAGACCUCAGCACCUCAUGAAGAAGAAGACCAUGGAUGCUUGUCUGCAAGGCGACAAAAAGACCAAAGGUGGUCCUCAGAAUUUGGAAUGUCGCGGACCAUCCGGCCUUGAGGUGAAUAUAUGGGAUUCUAUGGGACACGCUAAAGGCAAGUUCAUGGGCGGCUCUCAGAACCUCAUGUUAAAGACCAUGGUUGAGCGGCUUAAAUUCCACGAAAUGAGAAAGCAUAAACCUCAGAAAGUAUACGACCCUAUGACGCCAACGAAAGGCCGCCGACACUUUGGAUGUUCUGUGUGUUCUGCGACAUCCUCUAAAUGCACCCCAGAGAUGCUCACAGUCGUCGAGCCACCUUUUUAUGACGUCAAAUAUCCCAAUACCGCUCGAUCAACAUAUAGUGACGGAUCCCACUAUGUCACUCCAUACCCCAGCAGUGAAGAAGCCUCUGACAGCCCAACUCCCAGAACGAAGGGGACAGAGAAACGAGAAGACGUCCACAAAAACCUGCGCGAGGACAUGCUCCAUGUUUUGAUGUCAGUCCGACGCGAAUUGGGCGGUGAAGUGACAUUCCGAGAGGAUGACUAUCUGGAGAAAGAGAUGGCCCGCUACAAGGCAGUGCUCAUUAAAACCAAAGAAAAAAAACUUAAAAAAAUAAUGCGGGGUGGGGAUCCCAAGGCCGAGCGCCGCUAUUUAUUGGAGAACAUGGAAAGAGAUCUGCUCUCUGUUUUAAAAUAG